UCACUCGGCCCGCUCUAUAAAACUACCCCCGACUCACUCACCUGGUUAGACAAACACCUCUCUAAUCUACAGCUGAGAACACGAAUCUUUCAACUUUAUUGUCAGCAUUCAUACUUUGGCAAACUAAGAAAACAUUUUUAUUUUAUUUAUUUUUCAAAUUAAACUUAAAUUUACUCAAAAAUAUUAUACAAAACAACUUUUAUGAAUCUUGCUGAUUUUUCAUAUUUCACGGGCAUGUGCAACAUGACGGCAGACUCCCAGCAGUCGCCAGCCGAGGCGGCCAGUCCAGUGGUGGUGUCUCCUAACGUGAGCCUGGACUCACCGAUUCCUCCAUCACUGAACCACCAAGUCCGUUCCAAAGAUGGUGUUCUCGUUAAAGCUGAGCCUCAGGGCAGCAGUCCAAACACAGACAAAGAGGAAGGGCUUUCACUGGGACAAACCGAGGAGCAUCUGCUCGCCACUGGAAGCCGGCGAAGGAAAAGGCCCGUACAGCGAGGAAAACCGCCCUACAGUUACAUCGCCCUUAUAGCAAUGGCCAUUGCCAAUUCACCUGAGAGAAAACUUACCCUGGGAGGCAUCUAUAAAUUUAUCAUGGAGCGCUUUCCCUUUUACCGUGAGAACUCGAAAAAGUGGCAAAAUUCUAUACGUCAUAAUCUCACCCUCAACGACUGUUUCGUGAAGAUCCCUCGGGAACCCGGUAGGCCUGGCAAAGGGAACUAUUGGACGCUUGACCCAGCCGCUGAGGACAUGUUUGACAACGGAAGUUUUUUGCGAAGGAGGAAAAGGUUCAAGCGGACUGAUGUUAGCACAUAUCCUGGGUACAUGCAAAGCUCCAGUGCUUUCACGCCCACACCAAUGGGCAGACAGACAUACGCCAACACAUUGUACCCGGGUAUGACGUCGGGCUACGGGUCUCAGCUGACUGGAUCUCCGCACCCAGCGAUGCUCCAUCACUAUCAGACAUCGGCCGGGGUCGCGCAAGGUCAGCCCAGGAUGUUCAGCAUCGAUAACAUUAUUAGUCAGCAGUCAGUGAUGCAAAGCGGACCAGGAGGAGACCUCAACCCACAGUCCCUCGGCCUGGGCACAGGAGACCUGGGUACCAUGACCUCCAGCUGUUCCGUAUCUACUUCUGAUCCAACCUGCUUUCAGACCCAGUCGGUAAACCCUACAGGUAACAUGCUGUGCAGGAACACCGGAUCUCUUACUACCAACAUGACAGUCGGCUACACUUACCCCCCGUCGGCUUCACCUACACACUUGUCCGGGGUCACGCAGUCCAGCUUCUCUCCGGAUGGUUCACAUGUGUAUUGUACAGGGAACAGGAUUUCGCUGCCAGCUGUGCGCUCUGGGUCGUGCGCCGAGCUUACAGAUCCCCUUUUAGGUCUUUCCGGGCAAGCAAUGAACUCUUACAAUAAUUCAUAUGUGAGACAAGCAAAUUAUGCCUCUGGACUGGAGCGAUACAUGUGAAAUAUCGACCAAAUAUCAUGCACUGACAACCCAUUUUGCAGUUUUACAUUAACAGAUAAAGGAACUACAUAUGAGUGUUCAGACGACUGACGAAUUCGUCUGGUAGCCUUCAUCACACUGCUAACGAUCGAAUUGAUUCUUAAUCUUUACGAGUGCUGGAUGUGUAACACAAGUUGUGCACCAUGGCAAAAUGAGCACGUUGUGUUGUUACCUAAAAGAAGAAGAAUUACAGUUCUGUUAUUGCAAUGUAGGUUAAUUUGAUACUUUGUUUGGAUAUGUAUAUAUAAUGUAUGCUUCUAUAUUUCUCGUCCCACUGAUACGAGAAAACUGACCGUCAGUCCCAUUAAAAAAAAAAAAAAAAAACAUUUUGUAAGCCAAUAAAUAUG